AAAUUAUUUUUCUAAUUUAUUUAAAAUGAAAGCUCUUAUUCUUGUUGGUGGCUAUGGAACUCGACUUCGACCUCUUACUUUGACACAGCCCAAACCUUUGGUUGAAUUUGCUAAUAAACCGAUGGUUUCUCAUCAAAUUGAAGCUCUUGCUGCUGCGGGUGUUGACACAGUUAUUUUGGCAGUUACUGCUCGGAUUGAAAACUUGUUGAGUGCUGAAAUGCAGAAAGAAGAACAACGCGUUGGAGUUAAGAUAAUCUUCUCUGUAGAAGAAGAGCCAAUGGGAACUGCUGGACCUCUUGCUUUGGCCGCUAAUUUAUUAAAAGAAAGUGACGAGCCUUUUUUUGUAUUAAAUUCUGACGUUAUUUGUUGUUUUCCUUUUAAUGAAAUGAUGGAAUUUCACAAAAAACAUGGACAAUGUGGAACUAUUGCCGUUACUAAAGUAGAAGAACCAAGCAAAUAUGGAGUUGUUGUUUUUGACGAAGAAAAGACAGGAAAAGUUGAUUCUUUUGUUGAAAAACCUCAAGAAUUUGUUGGAAAUAAGAUCAAUGCGGGUCUCUACGUUCUAAAUCCUUCAGUAUUGGAUACAAUUCCUUGUGCUCCUUGUUCUAUUGAAAAAGAAAUUUUUCCAAAAAUGGCAGAUAAUGGAAUUUUGCAUGCUUAUGUUUUGAAAGGCUUUUGGAUGGAUGUUGGACAACCUAAAGAUUUUUUGGAAGGUGUUCGUCUCUAUUUAAAACACAUUGCUGGUACCGACACUGCAAAAAUUCCUGAACAUCUUUUAAUUAAUGGGAAUGAUGAUGGGAAACGUUUAACUGGACUUCAUUUAGUUGCUCCAGUUUUAAUUGAUCCGUCUGCGCAGAUUUCUUCGGAUUGCUGUAUCGGCCCAAAUGUAUGUAUUGGUGCAAGUGUAAAAAUAGAAGAAGGUGUUCGUCUUGUUGACUCUUCAAUACUUCCAGAUACUACAAUUCAUGCUCACAGCUUUAUUUCUAAUAGUAUUGUUGGGAGAAAAUGUGUUGUAGGUAAAUGGGUCCGUAUAGAAAAUACCAGCAUUAUUGGUGAAGAUGUGGUUGUUAAGGAUGAACUUUAUUUGAAUGGUGCUUGUGUUCUUCCACACAAAUCAAUUGCUGCAAGUGUGCCAAAUCCGACAAUUAUUAUGUAAAAAGAGGCAAGAGGUGCUUUGUUUUGUGGUUUUAAAUGGUUUAUUUUUUAAAAUGUUAAAAUAAGGGAAAUUGGUGGGAGGGAGGGAGAUUGUUCACGAAUGGAAGGGAGAGGUCUUUUCCCAAAGGGGUUUUUGUUUUAAAUCGCGUCUCUUCCCAAUUUCUCGGGGGGUUUUUUUCAAAAUCAGUUUAAAUUUUCU